AUGGCUUCCAACUAUAACUACUCAUUUUUUCGUGUCUCGAAGACCGAUGGAGUCUACGCCUCCGCUCAAAAAUAUCGAGAACUGCGCUUAAAAGCAUUGAAGACUUCACCUGGCUCUUUCUCAUCUACCUACGAUAUCGAAGCGGCUUUCAUCUAUGCCGAUUGGGUAGACCGUCUCACUGUCCCUGAUCGAGAAGUCUUCAUUUGCGCCGCUACACCAUUCGGCCAUGAUCCGUUAUGUCCCGAUGGCAUCCAAUGGGUCGGUCAAGUCACUCUGCGAGGACCUGCAACCAGCGUUGAUUUCGAGUUACCCCUGGAGGCUGGCCAGCCACCCCAGAGAUCCGACGAAGAGGAAGAGAGAUGGCAGAUGCUGAGCUUGUUUACCCUUCCGGAACAUCGCGGCCGUGGACUUGGGAGCAAACUAUGCCAGGCGUCCCUUGAUUAUCUUCGAUCAUAUCGGCCCUCUCCUCGGGAAAUUCAAGUACGGCUUAUUGUUAAGGCGGGAAACGAUGUUACUGUGGAAUUGUACCGGCGUCUUGGAUUUAUACACGCCGGGAGAGCGACUCUUGUUGAAGCUCUCAUCGCAAACGGAGAUGAGCAUCUUAUCCCAAAAGAUCUGAGCUCGGAAAAGUAUUCGGAAAGACAAGGGCUGAUUAUGAUAUCGCGUGUAUCACGCUCAUGGUGUCUUUAUGGCAACAAAUAG